AUGUCCAAGCUAGUGUCAGUUCUCAAAGCACCUCCCUCGACCUCAAGGCGACCUCCAUCUCAAGGCGACCUCCAUCUCAAGGCGACCUCCAUCUCAAGGCGACCUCCAUCUCAAGGCGACCUCCAUCUCAAGGCGACCUCCAUCUCACAGCUCCUUGAUUGCAAGGAGCCAACGCUGUUACCGGGUACAGAUAGCCUUCCGAGCCAUGAUAUCACGCCUGGCACCGAUAUCUGCAUUGAGCUGCCGAAACCCUUGAAGAGCUCAACUUCGUCGUCAAGUUCCCGCCCAUCAGAUGGUCAAUUGAACAAAGCUUUCAAGUUUGGGAGAAUGGUACCGAAGACUUCCCCCGAGAAGGAGAAAUCACCCAUGACAUUGUCUCAUAUAAUUCCUCCCCUAUCUCGUGUUCGCACUCUCUCCGAUUCCUCCUCCGCAGAAGUGGACGACUCAGUUCUCAAGUCAAUCUUGGAGAAAGCAACGGAAGUUCCUAAUCGUCAGAACGUUCCCCGACCACGAGUGAAUUCCGACUCUAGUAUCAGGGUUCGAGCGAGGGGUAAUGUCCAAUCGACCAUCCAGUACCGUCAUUCUCGCCACGAAUCAGGUAUGAGCUUCAUUGGGUUUGAUUCCUUCGAGGAGGUCAGGCGCGGAUUCGAGUUCCAUGACUAUCGGCCAGCUUUCUAUCCUCCGAGCACUACCAAUACUAGGCGGAACGUUCAUGCAUGA